GAGAGAGAGCAGAACAGAACAGAACAGAAGGGAAACAGCAAGAAACGGUCCGAACGCGAAUUGUUUGAAUGGAACAAAUGGAACAAGCGCGAGAUACAUUAUAGCGCUUAUUAAAGGCAGGAAUGCGCGGAAUGCUUUGAUGUUGCGUUCGACGUUCGAAAGUGUAUCGCGGACUUUUAAAGCUGUUUUCGGGGAUCCGCAUAUCGGCUUGAGAUGAGAAGGCUGAUCGCCGUGGCUUCAGUGCUGUUGUUUGGACAGAUGAGAGGCUAUUUGUGUGCGUUUUGUUUUCAGAAAGGCUCGUAGUGUUGAAGCAGAAUGGGAUAUGUCGGCAAGGCGGAUGGUUACUUUUAUUUGUGACGGUUAUUUUGAUCACAGAACGGACUAACGUCCCGGUGGAUGUACCCCCGUUGUCGCCUGUAAACUCUAUUGAACUCUAUAGACUUAUUGGAGGUCGGUGCAAAUAAGGUUAAUUUCACGCAUCUACAUUUUUCUUUACCUUUCUUUAAAUUUAAAGUAAUAAUAUAGGCAUUGCGCUUCAUGAAUAUAGUUUUAAGUCUACGAUGUGCUGAAAUGAAGGACACAAUAAUAUCUAUAUGCGAUAUUUAAGAUCUUUGGUGUGGAAGAUAUGGACAUUUGUAUGUUUUAGAAUAGCAUAGUUGUCAUUUUUCAUCACCGGAGGAGUGUUGACACAAGACUGAUAUUAGAGGGAAUCAAAGUGAAGUUUUCCACCUCCUGCCAAAACUUGAAGGCGCUGUUCAUCUAGAACUCAUUAUAUGCACGUCUUAAAGUGGUGACCGUGAGUAGUGGUGCUGAGAACCAUGGAGCACCUUAGCGAGUCAUGCCUGGGGAAGGAGAACUGUGAGAUGGUUAACAGUAUGAACGACACCAAGGCCCCUCCGGCCAAGCUGGCCCGACUGGAACAGAAUGGAAGCCCACUAGGAAGGUCACAUCUAGGCAGCACUGGAGCUAAACUCUCGGGAGUGCCCUUCAAACCAUCUGGACAUCACCUGAAAAACUGCCACAAGAGGGGUAACAUGCUGCCAGUGUUUUGCGUUGUGGAGCAUUACGAGAGCCCCAUCGAAUUCGACAGCAAAGAGGAACAUGCUGAGUUCGUGCUGGUCCGAAAGGACAUGCUUUUCAAUCAGUUGAUCGAGAUGGCCCUGCUCUCGCUGGGUUACUCGCACAGUUCGGCAGCACAGGCUAAAGGUUUGAUUCAGGUGGGCAAGUGGAACCCCGUGCCUCUCUCCUACGUGACGGAUGCGCCCGACGCCACAGUGGCGGACAUGCUACAGGAUGUGUACCAUGUGGUCACGCUCAAAAUCCAGCUUCACAGUUGUCCUAAACUGGAAGACCUUCCGCCAGAGCAGUGGACCCACUCUACAGUAAGAAAUGCCCUCAAGGAGUUACUCAAAGACAUGAACCAGAGCUCUCUGGCUAAAGAAUGUCCUUUAUCACAGAGUAUGAUUUCUUCAAUUGUUAACAGCACUUACUAUGCAAAUGUUUCUGCUGCCAAGUGUCAAGAAUUUGGACGCUGGUAUAAACAUUUCAAGAAGACAAAAGAUAUGAUAGUUGUGCGGCAGCCGUCCCAGCUGGAGGGAUACCUGGGGUCGUGUGUCCUGCACGACAGUCCACGUGCCACCACAUUAGCUGAAAUAGAUUGCCUCUCUGAUCUUUCUCCACCCGGAACCAACCAUCUCAGCUUCAGUCAGCAGCCCAUCCCGGGCAGCACAGCGGAGCAGCCACCGUCCCCAGUUCCCAUGUCCCACAGUGGUCAGGCCCCUGGGCGGGCUCAGCUCCCGGGCCUCCACCCUGGUCUGGUGUCCACUCCCAUCAGCCCUCAACUGGUGAACCAACAGAUCGUCAUGGCUCAGAUUCUCAAUCAGCAGUAUGCCGUUAACCGCCUCCUCGCCCAGCAGUCACUGAGUCAGCAGUACCUAAACCACCCGCCCGUCAACCGUGCGCUCAACAAACCGCUCGACGCGCAGCUGUCCUCCAACGCAGAAGUCUCUUUAGAGAUCUACCAGUGGGUGAGAGACGAGCUGAAGAGGGCGGGCAUCUCGCAGGCGGUAUUCGCUCGGGUCGCCUUCAACAGGACGCAGGGUCUUCUCUCCGAGAUUCUCAGAAAAGAAGAGGACCCCAAGACAGCGUCUCAGUCUCUCCUCGUCAACCUGCGAGCGAUGCAGAACUUCCUGCAGCUUCCAGAGGUGGAGCGAGAUCGCAUCUACCAAGACGAGAGGGAGCGUAGCUUGACCGCAGCCUCUGCGAUGGGACCUGCACCCCUCAUUAGCACCCCUCCCAGUCGCCCUGUCCAGCCCAGAAGAGAAGAGUGUAACAAUGUGAGACCAGAGGACUGGAAUCCACGAAUUCCUGUGGGCAUCUCUCCCGUGAAGCCCAGCCCUCUGUCUUCUGAGUGGAACGGGAAGUCUGAGAAUUGUGUGUUAAACAUCAACUCGUCAAUCUACGAUGAAAUCCAGCAGGAGAUGAAGAGGGCCAAAGUGUCCCAGGCCAUGUUUGCCAAGGUCGCUGCCUCAAAGAGCCAGGGCUGGCUCUGUGAACUCCUGCGCUGGAAGGAAGACCCAACCCCGGAGAACCGCACACUCUGGGAGAACCUUUCCAUGAUCCGCCGGUUUCUCAGUCUGUCCCAAUCAGAACGGGAUGCCAUAUACGAGCAGGAGAGCAAUGGAGGACAGCAGCAUCACGCCGACAGACCUGCCCACCUACUGCACAUGCCCACAGACCCGCUGCAGGCUCAUCAACAGCCUUCCUCUCAACUCCAGGCGCCCCUGCCCCUGCCGCACCCCUCCCAGCCACCUUUGUCCCAGCAGCCCUUGCAACAGCAACAACAGCAGCAGAUGGGACCAAGGCUCCCCCCUCGACAGCCCUCCACGGCUUCUCCAGCAGAAUCUGAGGAUGACAACCGCUGCAAGAGUCGCCAGGGCAACCGCAUCUCCAUGGAGGCACUGGGCAUCCUGCAGAGCUUUAUCCAGGACGUGGGGCUGUAUCCGGAUGAGGAGGCAAUCCACACACUCUCGGCCCAGCUAGACCUGCCCAAACACACCAUCAUCAAGUUCUUCCAAAAUCAGCGCUUCUAUAUCAAUCACGCCGGCAAGCUGAAAGAAGCGGCCAUUGGGUUCCCCCCCAACAACAACAACAACAAAGACGAGGGCCUGACGGACUUCAAAGAGGGCGAGUUGUUGACGGAGCUCAACGAGAGCGUGCAGACCAACAGCACAAUGUUCUCUAUUAAAAUCGAAGAGCACCUGGCACCGGAAACGCACACACUGGGCCAGGCCCAAACAGAGCAGGAGGCUAAAUAGUGACACUGGCGUUGUGGAUUCCUUUCUUUGUGUUAAAAUCUUAUUCUCAUAAUUCUCUCGCUCUCACUGUCUCUGCUCAAUGAGCGAACCUGUAAGACUUUGUACACAAGACUGAAUAAUGCAGAGGUAAUUAACUUUCACAGUUUUGUAAAGCGUGUAUUAUUUCACUGUAAAGACAUGUACAUUAUUUCAAUAACCUGCACAACUUAAUAAAAUGUAAAAAAAAAAAUGAAUAAAAAACUUUUAAAGGGAUAGUACACCCAAAACAUAAUUCUGUCAUUAUUUACUCACCCUGAUGUUGUUACAAACCUAUUCAACUUUCUUUCUUCCAUGGAAAACAAAAGGGUAAUUUUUGAAAAAUAUCCUUGUGCCAGUCGCCAUUUAUUUCCAAAAUGUCAAAAAUGCAUCAUCGUCAUGGUCUGUUCCUCACACAAAGCUACUCUAUGACUCCAGAAGACUUGGAAUGUAGUGAAUGGGUCGAAGUAGAUUAUAUGACUAUAUAUAUAUAUAUAUAUUUCUGUAAAUAAUGACAUCAAAUAAAAUGGCUUCUAAAUACUUGAAAUAAAAUGCAUGAGUCAUAUGGGCUACUUUUAAUAUACUUUUAUGGAUCAAUCAUUUUCCAAGCGGGGUAAGAACUAGAGGUCGACCGUUAGUGGAUUUUGCCGAUAUGAUAACUAAGGUGGUGGGAAAGGCUGAUAACCAAUUAUUCGGCUGAUAGUUUUUAAAAUCUAUUUAUAGAAUGUCAAAAAUGUUCUUAUUCUUUCUUUACUAUAGCGGGCUAAGACAAAAGUCCAAAAUGAAUAAAAUCCCAGAUGCAUUUUGUUUGUUCAACCAAAAAUGAUUAUUUGGCGCAUUAUGUGGAGUUUUAAGUAUAAACAUGCCCAAAAAACACCAGGGACUCUUAUUUUGAAAUGCUGAUGAACAGAUUUUUGCCGAUAGCCGAUACUUCCAAAAAGCAACUAUCGGCACAGAUUAAUUGGUAAAACUGAUAUAUCGGUGUACCUCUAGUAUGAACAAUAAACUUUUUACAAAAUUAAAGCAAGCUUAAUUUUUCUUACAUACUUGGUGAAUAUUUUAUUAUUAUUAUUAUUAUUAUUAUCAAGCAUAGAAACUAAAAAAAUAUUUAUCUGAAAAUAAGAGUUAAAACCAUAUGUCAUUCUACUUAAAAAGUAAAAGUGUCUUGUUUCAAGCAUAUCUAGUUAUUUUUACAAGACAAAAUACAAAAAUACUGAUUAAUAAAAAAAUUAAAAAAUUGCAGUGUGUGGCCAGAAUAUGUUUCAAAAAUGCAUCUUUUUUUGUUCCAUAAAUGAAAGAAAGUCAUUGGGAUUCGGAACACAUGAGUGUGAGUAAAUGAUUACAGAAUUUAAUUGAUUGGGUAAACUAUUUCUUUAAGUCAACAGUAUGUUGCUGUGGAUAAUUGCUGACUGCACUUGUUGUCUGUUUUUACACUGAUUUCAAACUACUGAUUUAAAAAAAAGGAAAGUCAAUAGAGUUUGCUAGACUUUGAUGUUUACGUAUGUGAUGUUAACUGGAUUUUUUUUUUUUAUUAUUAUUUUAUUUUUUUAUUUUUUUUUUAAUGCAUGAAAUUGGAGAAGAGAGGUAGACAAAGGCCUUAAUGAUGAGGUACUGGGUCGAAGCACUGCUGGCUAACGAGUUAUUCUCUUUGAAAUUAAAAGAAGAAUCGCUCCCUCUCGGAAACCCACGACCCGCAGGUAAACCGGGGAAUACGACUCAAUCUUAUUAUUUGGU